AUGACGGUCGAGCUGGACGAUCUCCUGGAGAGGAGCAAGCUGCUCAACUCAUCUCUUGAUCGCAUCUUGCACCCGGACCUCCCGAAACUGCAGUGGACACUGGAUGAGCUGCGCAACAAAUGUGCAAGUCUGGCAACGAAUCAACGCGGCAAUUACACAAAAGCACACUAUCUCCUUGCCGGCAGCGGUAUCAAUGCCGAGCACACAAGCCGAGCCAUUAACUCCUUGCAAGUGGAAGACGUGCAAGAAGCCACUGCAUCCGUCGAGACGGACAUUGACGCGUACGUCCGUAACAGCCGUGAGCAGUCCAUCAUCAAGAUCAUUGAAGCACGAAAGCAGCAGGCCCAAGUGGAUUUCCAGGCUUUUAUGGAUAAACACCUUGCAACGAGCUGGGAGACGCGAAAGAGACGGCUCAUGCAGCAAUUCAGCGGCGACAAGAAUGCAGCUCAAGAAGAACCCGUCAAGGACAAGUCACUCGGUCGAAGUCAAUUUGGCAAAUCGGUCAAUGCGCGUCGGCGUGCCUACCAGCUACAGUUUGACGAUGUCGACACAGCAGGCCAGUCAAUGGACGCCGGCGCUGGUGCUUGGGAGGCCAAGGAACAGACAUUCGCACAAGCCAUUAGCUCCCUCAAUGAACAUCGAAUGCUGAAGCAACCGAUUGCUGUCAGCACACUUAUGAGCCAAUUGGUCCGCACGCUUGGCGCAGAUGUCAGGACACAGCAAAUGGCAGAUGCUUGGCAGGCACUCGCAUACAUUGUCGAUGAAAAACGCUCUGAGCACGGUCGCGAGAGCGUCGGAAAGCUUCUCAAGCCACGGGAGUAUGCACAGCAGUAUGCCUUGAAGCCUACAACGGAUAGUCAGCUCACCAGGCAAUUGACAAAAGGUGCGCGAAGCUUUUUGGAGAGCCAGUUCUUUGCAAUGGUGGAGCGCGAGAUUGCUCGAAACCCACAAGAAGCACGACUAGGCGGCGUGCCAUCCGUUGAGUCUAAAAUCAAAGCUUAUGCCAAUAUUCGCUUCGCCAAGAAUGGCCAAUGGGUACAGUCAAAUGUUGAGAUCGUCAACAGUACUCCAAUCUGGGCAGUCCUUUUCUUCUUGCUCCGUGCAGGCUUUUUGGACGAAGCUGUGGCAUUUGCUACAAAGAAUGAGAGCUACAUCUCGCGCCUCGAAAAGAACUUCGUGCUCUAUCUCAAGGCUUAUGCUGCAAAUGAGGAACGGCGUCUGCCACGCCAGCUGCAUGAUCGACUGCAUUCCGAAUACAAUCAAACAAUCAAGUACGUUUCCGAAGCCUCAGACCCAUACAAGCACGCGCUCUACAAGAUCAUCGGUCGCUGCGACCUUGCACGCCGUAGUCUACCCGAAGUCUUGCCAGUGACUGAAGAUUGGAUGUGGUUACAACUCGUGCUGUGCAGAGAAACAGACACGUCCGGACCCGCUUAUGAGCAGUUCGGCUUACGCGACUUGCAAGCAACCCUCGUUCGUUUUGGUUCGCGACAUUUCAAUCCAAAGGGCAGCAAUCCGCUCCUAUAUUUCCAGCUUUUGCUGCUAUCUGGACAGUUCGAGCGUGCGGUGCAUUACCUUGCUAGCCACAGCUGGACGGAUGCCGUGCAUUUUGCUGCAAUUCUGGCAUACUUCGGUCUCUUACGCGUGGCUACACCAGAAGCGGCCGCGGGCAACCUCUUAUCGACACCAGACAAUGCUGGUGAAGCGAUUGAUUUCACAUCUAUGGCUAUUCUGUAUGCUCGUGGUAUUCAACAUCGAGCAUCCACGACCGCAGUGGAGUAUCUUUGUCUGAUCAGCCUGAGCAGUGAUCUCCGGGAUGGCAGUAUUCUCCGUAAAGCCUGUCAUGAAGCAACACGCGAGCUUGUUCUUGAGACACGCGACUUUGCCGUGCUGCUCGGUGAUGUGCGUGUCGAUGGGACACGCGCCCCUGGGUUUGUUGAGAAACGCAAAGCAUUGCUGGCGUUGGAUGAUGAUCGUGAGUAUCUGCGUACCAUCUCCGAACAAGCUGCAACGGCUGCUGCGAUGGAAGGGAGGAUUGCAGAUGCCGUUUUGUUGUAUCACUUGUCGGAACAGUAUGAUACCGUGGUGGCUAUGAUCUGCAAGACGCUUGGCGAAGCAUUGCUUGACCCCAACUAUGGUAUGCAGGCUGCGCCGAGUGAAGGGCCUGGAAUGCCGGUCCAUGCUGAAGAUCCUGCAGUGCUUGCAAGGAACAUGAGUGCCCUGUACAAUGGCAACGCAGCCAUCAAUGGCCAAAUUUCUCAAAGAAGCAAGACAACAGUAGACUUGUUACUUCGAAUGGUCUCCGUUCGUCAAGCAUACGGACAAGGCAAGGUGGAGCAGUGCUUGGCACUCAUUGCACAGCUUGGCAUCAUCCCAAUGCAGGAAGCUUUGCCAAUCGGCGCCAUCAAAAAGCAAGCUCAAGAUUUUUCAAUGCUGGAAGAAAGUGUUGCGCGUAAUGUGCCGUCGGUCUUGACGUUGAGCAUUCGAUGCUUGAAGCAAGUCUUGCAUACCGUCCAACAAGGCGCAUUCGGCGAUGCGACGCGGCAAGCAAAGGCACGGCAGGUGAAGCAAAAGGCGAAGAAUGUGGUUCUGUUUGCUGGCAUGAUUCGGUAUUCUAUCGAAAGCGAAGUCUUUGAGCACUUGAUGGACGCUGAACUGCUCGUUUGA